AUAGGUGGGCAUGUUCUAGCUCUGGGGUGGCGACGAACAAUCAACCACCGAUCCGCGUCCGCCGAACUUCAUAGCCUUCGCUCUAGCCAAUUUUGGCAACGCGUCUUACCGCAAUACAUUCGCACUUUUGUCCGCAAAGAGAAUGGUGAGCGAGAUCGUUCUGGAUCUUAAAUUUGAGAGGAUAUAGAGUGUGGCGGAGUUGACGAGUACCACGACUGCGAAUGGUAUAAGAGACGCCAUUUAUCCUGCCUCCAGGCUGUUGUAUCAUCAUAGCAUCCCGUUGACUCUUUGAACCCCUUCAAUCACAUACCUUGCCGUUCAUCUAUCAUCUUUCAUUUUGAAACCCUGACACUUAAACACCAUGGGACCACUUGUGAGAGGCGUGUCCAACAUCAUUGGACUAGGCACAGAAGCGUAUGCGCACUGCAAGCGCAGCAAGUCUCCUUUGCCUGAGGGAAGCUCUGGCCAGGACAAUGAGCCGAGUAACCCUGGAAAAGCUACGCUCCCGGAUGCGACUUCAUCUACUAGCCUUGCGCCACCGCACCCAGGCGGACGGUCACGAAAUAGUAGCGUUGGCUCGGAUUCCAGGAGUUCCUAUUAUGAAGUAGAUAAGGAUGAUUGGGCCCGAGAUGAAACUCAAGCACGACUUGACGGACAGCAGACGCAUGAGGAGGCCACAGCACCUGAGAGCAUGGAUGCGCUGGUUGACAACUUCUUUCGCAAACAUCCUCAACCGCCGCCUUACUCAGGGCCGCCCGUCAAUAGACUCCCUUGCCCAAUCAUCAUUCCACAAAAGCACCCCGAAGCCAAGAGCCAUGGGUUUAUUCGAGCUUACGCUCCCGUUCUCGCAGAUUGCGGCAUAGAUCAGGCCACUUUCCUCGACUUCCUUGACAGUUUCACAACCUCCAUAAAGGGAUCCCGCUACUUCAACGCCGCCAAUCUUGCUGUCACCGCUAGUGUACUAUCUUCUACCGUCGCCGUGGCCCCAAGCAUCAUCGUCCACGCCUCAGCAGCGGUUGUUCACAUUUCAAUCGAGACUGGCCGCCGACUCCACCAGACUUCGCAAGUCAACCACUUCCGACCGCAUGAACGAGUCACUCUUCAAGCCGCACGGCCUCUACGCCUUGCUCAUGACCUACGAUCCCAGAUCAGCUUCAGAAGGUUAUAAGUAUUCGGACCAGUUCAUGGUGUCAACCAGAGGUGCAGUCUCUAACAGUACGAACCAUCGAUAUAUUUCGUGAGCCAUCUUGUUCCCUGGCCUGUCGAAACACGUCCAUUUCAAUCCGCUGUGUCUACUAGACUCCUAAUCGAUAUCUACAUUGG